CCUUAAGAAGAAGUUCGGGUACAUGCACACUUGAAGAAGUUCAUAGCUCACUCUCAAAGCACCUUUUGAUAAGACUUUGGUUAAGCAUCCUUCCGAUUUAUUGCUAUGUCGCAAGAUGGUGAUAAUGUCAACACUUCUUCAAGAUCGGUCAAGCUAAACAGUGUAAGCAAACCUUCUCAAAACCUAUUACAAAUAUGGAUCCAAAAGCAUGCUGACUUAUUGGCAAACGAACGAAAGGUGGAGCAAGAUGAAGCUCGAUUGUUGUUAUCCAAUUGCCCACCCAAACAACUCGAAAGGCAUGGUCUAGCAAUCCUUGGUUUAGGUGUAUUGUCAAUCUCUGUUGGUCUAGGAGGGAAAACGUUGAUAGAAUUGGAAAGACCGAUAGCCUUUCAUUCUUCCUCCACUUUCCCUCCUCAUCAAUUACGACCAGGAGAUAUUGUUCAGAUUGAGGAUAAUAGCAUAGACCCAACUCAACAAGGAGGCAAAAGUGCGAAAGGCAAGUCAACAAAAUCCAAGACAAACGAUGGAGAUGCUAAUCAUACAGCCGAUCAGGGCUUGGGUGGUGUAAUUUUUCGUGUUACAGAUACAAAGAUUAUCGUUGCAGCUUCAAGUAAAGGGUUAGAUCCUAGCGACCUACCUGCACGCAUUAAGGUAGUCAAAGUGGCCAAUGAUUCCACAUUUGAUCGAAUGGAGUGGACUUUGACACGCUUAGCAAAGAUAUUGAAUAUUUCUGUCAAAACGGCCAAAAGAAGUUUCGAUGCAGAAUCGAGUGAUGAUGAGGAAGCAGCAGAUCAAGACUCUGUCGUCAUACCUUCAACUGCGACCAACAGCGGUCAAUCUUCCACUUUGGUCCCAACUUUGGUGGGUCAGACAGCACCAACAUGGAGAAACUGGCCAGAAGAGGAGGAGCUUCGGCUGUUCAACGAGAAUCUGAAUGCUUCGCAAAUUGAAGCUAUCAAAUUUGCACUCACAGCAAACGAUUUUGCGCUGAUUCAUGGGCCUCCAGGAACGGGAAAAACAACCGCAGUUGCUGAGAUGGUAUUGCAAUUAGCCAUUGUACAUCAAAAGCGAGUUUUGGUAUGUGGUGCAUCGAAUCUUGCAGCAGACAAUCUUUUAGAACGAAUUGUCUCUAAAGGAGGAGAUGUUUUGAAAAGAAGUCAUAUCGGUAUCACACGUAUCGGUCAUCCUGCUAGAGUGUUACAAUCAUUGAUGACAGCAACACUCGAUUAUCAAUCUCAACAUUCUUCAGAAGGUGGAUUGGUAAAAGAUGUUCGUAAAGAAUUAGAAUCAGCUCUUUCAUCUAUGCGACCAAAAGAUACCGCUGCAGGCAACAAAUCUACUUCCUACCGUGGACAGGCAUCAUCCAAGUCUCAGAAAUUGCGAGGAUCUGAACGUAAAGAGAAGCGAGAAGAAAUCAAGCUAUUGCGAAAAGAAUUCCGUAAACGUGAACGAGGUCUUCUUCGAGCGGUUUUACAGCGUGCUUCGAUUGUGGUUUCUACUUGUCAUGGUGCGGGUGCAAAACAGUUGGACGGGAUAGAUUUUGAUGUGGUUGUGAUUGAUGAAGCAUGUCAAGCAACAGAAGCUACUUGUUGGACUCCGAUCUUGAAAGCGAAACAGGAUGGUCAAUUGAUCUUGGCAGGUGAUCAUCUGCAGUUGCCUCCGACAGUGAAAGGAUAUCGACAUUCUCAAUUCAAAAAGCAUAGCGGGAACCCAAAAAGGAACAGUGAGGGAAAGGAAAAAGAAGAGAAAUCUGCAGAAGAUUCGAAGAGUGGCGAUGACGACGCGGGAAGCGGAUCAGGUGCAGAAGAGGAAGAGCAAUAUUCGUCGAAACAAGUCAUCAAGAGGACAAGAUUACGACCUCCGCAAUCUUUAGAGACGACACUGUUCAGUCGUUUGUUAGGCAUGUAUGGUCAAGGGUGCAAGGUUCUGCUUGAUACGCAAUACAGAAUGAAUGAAGAAAUUAUGAAUUUUCCUAAUUCGGCCUUAUACGAAAACAAGAUUAAAGCACAUGAAAGCUGUGCAAAGAUUCGAUUGGCCGAUGUAGAGGGUUACGAUAUCGGUAACUCGGAAGAAGAAGAGACAGAUAAUGCUCCAAUCGUUUUCUAUGAUACUGCCGGAUGUGAGAUGUAUGAAUCUCGACAAAGUGAAGAAGAUGCGGGCAGUGGUGGAAAAGCAAGCAUCUUUCAGUUUGACUCUCGUGCCAAUUUACACGAGGUCGAGUUAGUAGCUCAACAUGUUGAAUUGCUCAUAAAGAAUGGCCUUGCACCGGAAAAGAUUAGCAUUUUAUCACCAUACAAUCUACAAGUAAGCGCAUUAGCGGAUCGGUUGCGUGGCAGUAAAACGUCAAAAGAUAGCAAAGAUGCGAUUCGAACGGCAAUGGAGAAGGUUGCGAUCGGAAGUGUUGAUUCGAUGCAAGGAAUGGAAAAUGAAGUUGUGAUCAUUUCAUUGGUUCGAUCAAACGAACAAAGGAAUGUUGGUUUCUUGGCAGAAAAGCGUCGAUUGAAUGUUGCGAUGACACGUGCAAAAAGACAAUUGUGUAUCGUUGGGGAUUCCGAUACGAUUGCAGGGGCUGGUGAUGAAUACUUGAAGCAAUGGAUGGCUUUCUUGGAGGAAAAUGCAAUGAUUGAACCUGUAAUUGUAUGAAUGUGUACUUUAAUGCAAUUACCUUUGCCCAUUACGCGGCGCCCUCUUCC